UGUGCUCAGUUUGACCUUUUAACAGCUCAUCAAAAGGACAUGCAUUACACAAACCUAAAAUUUAAAAUGGUGUUGGUGUUGUGGAUUACAGUGGUGCUUUUUAAUAAAAUUGAUUCCGCACAAGCCAGCCUCCUUCAUCAGCCGAACGCGGUGAUCACAGCUAAGGCUGGUGAGAAAGUGACUCUACACUGCUUUUUUCUGAAAGAACAAAUCAUUGAUCCCAUUGUUUGGUACAAACAAUCAGGAGGACAUGAACCUUCUUUAAUGGCUGUAGUCCAGAAUGUACAGGAUCCCAUUUACAAAGAUGAGUUCAACUCUUCAAGGUUCAGGAUUGAGAAAGAAAGCAAGAGCUGUCAUUUGACAAUAAUGAAUGUGAAUCCAUCAGAUGAAGCCAUGUAUUACUGUGGCUUAGUUACAUUUUUAACAACAUUCGCAAAAGGAACCUUUUUAUCAGUGAAAGAUCAAGCCGAGUUAAAAGUCUCCGUGUUCCAGAGCAGUGUGUUGGACUCGGUUCCUGCAGGAGCGUCAGUGACUCUGCAGUGCUCGGUUCUCUCUGAGAGCAGAGCAGCAGAACUCCAAGUGCUCUGGUUCAGAGCUGCUCCACCACAAUCCCAUCCUCAAAUCAUUUACACUCAUCACAACAGCAGCCAUCAGUGUGAGAGCGGCUCUUCUACACACACCUGUGUGUACAACUUCUCCAAGAACAUCCUCAGCCUCAAUGAUACUGGGACUUACUACUGCGCUGUGGUCAUGUGUGGGAAGAUCAUUUUUGGGAACGGGACACGAGUACAAGAAGAAAAUUGUGCAACAGCUUAUCAUCCUAUAUUGAUGUACCUGGGAACGGCGUUGGUAAUAUUUGUGAUUCUGAUCUUCGUCCAAGCUGUUUUACUCUUUAAAAAGAAAAAUGGUCAACAAAACAAGAAAAUUCAGCACAAUGCUGUAAUAAACACUGAGCAGACAAACACACAGAGCCAUGAUGCGGCGGAGCUAAAUUAUGCUGCUGUACAUUUUAGUGAAAGGAAAACUAAAAAAGUGAAAAAAAAUCGAGAUCGAUCGCAAGACAGUGUGUAUACUGAAGUGAAACUUUCCACCAUUACUCAAUAAAAUGUCUAAAAAAUU